AUGCAAGAUUACGUAGCAUCAGUGGGAACCGCUGGCUCGUGGCUCGCACAGGAACACUCGAUACACUUCAAAAGUCUUUCAUGCGAACUACCCAAUGGUCUGAAGAUUUUACAUGGGGCUUCUGGGAAAUUGUUACCCCAAUCCGUCACGGCAAUUAUGGGUGCAUCCGGGGCGGGGAAAACUACUCUCAUGAAUGUUCUUGUGGGCAAAGUGAGGAAAAGUGAAGGCGCGAUUUUUUUGAACGGACAUCUUUGUGAAAACCUGGGGGAUUUCCCUUCCCAGUAUGGCUUUGUGCCUCAGGAGGAUGUAAUGCAUCGAGAGUUAACAGUGAUGCAGAAUCUGACAUUCGCUGCUGCUCUCCAGUUGCCACCUGGAACGGGACGAUCAGAGAUCCUCAUGUGUGUCCGUGACGUGCUAGUCAAGCUUCAACUCGUGCAUGUGAGACACAGCAUAGUUGGCGAUGAAUAUCAUAGAGGAAUAUCAGGUGGUCAGCGCAAGCGUGUCAACAUUGGAUUGGAGUUGGCAUCUCGCCGGCCCAUUUUGUUCCUUGAUGAGCCGACCACAGGACUUGACUCAGUGACGGCGACCCAGGUCGUCCAAAUGCUAGCUACCAUUGCUCGAACUCAUCGCAUGACCGUCACUGCAGUCAUCCACAACCCAGGCAUUCGAGCGUUUGCUGUUUUUACUGAUCUUAUCCUGCUUCAACCUGGCGGCUACGUGGUUUUUGCCGGCAAGACCGAUCGUUGUGUUGGAUAUUUUGAUUCAAUCGGAUUUCCAUAUGAUGUAGAAAAC